AACGCAAAAAGAGCGGGGAAAAAAAACAUGAAGGUUCCUUCCGGUUGGAACGUUCAGCAGCUGCACGGCAAGAGAUGAAUGGGGGCCGCGUGAAAGAAGCUCGUUGGCAUUGUGCAACGCACCUACCUCUAAUUACUGGCUUCCUUGCAAAUUUCCUGUAAUCCCCAAAGUCCCGCGGGGAUAGGCUGAGGGUUGCCCAUUAACCUUGUGGAGAAUGGCGAUGGAAGAGGGAGCCCUGUUGGAUUUGGGGCCUGCAAGCCAGGCCAGGCGAAAGCCAGAGAGGACCUUGGAUGAGGAAGUGGAGGAGCAGGGAGAGGAGGCAGAUGUGCCAGCUGAGGAGGAGAUGGCGGGAUGGGAGGAUGCCUGGCGGGAGACCACAGAUGCCAGAGGAGGAGCGAAAGGGAGCGAACAUUCUGGAACCUUCCCGGCUGGAAGUACCAGCGCUUUCCUGAUCAACUCCCCAAGAGACUUGGGUAAAGAAGAGUCGGACCUGGGGGGUCCCAUCUGUGAGGAGAGCCGGUGGAAAGACUUACUUAAGGCAGUGGAGGCUCCUGGACUCGGCUGCUCAAGCCUACGAGAACUGCGCUCCUCCCUCCGCGCUACUUCUGGGAUAAUUCCAGCCUCUGUCGGGGUGAAGGCCGAAGGUACCCAGUUCACCGAAGAACAGGAGACCCAAACCCAGCCCGAUUUCGGUGGGGGAUCCCAAGAGCCUCACGGAAACCCGGAACCCUUCAAGCCGCCGAAAGAAGAGGUUCCAGAGGCAGACACUGUCGUUUCGGAGGCUCAACGCCAGCACUUCCGCCAAUUCCGCUACCAGGAAGCCGGAGAUCCCCGCGAGGCCUGCAGCCGCCUCUGGUUCCUGUGCUGCCGGUGGCUGAAGCCGGAGAGGCAUACCAAGGAGCAGAUCCUGGAGUUGCUGAUCUUGGAGCAGUUCCUGGCCAUCCUGCCCUCCGAUCUCCAGAGCUGGGUGGUGGAGGGUUGCCCCCAAACCUGUGCCCAGGCAGUGGCUCUGGCCGAGGGCUUCCGGCAGAAGGAAUGGGUACCUGAGAUGUCGGCUGAGCAGGUGUCGGGGAAAGAGCCAGCCCUGAAUUUUUCUGGGUCUGAGCAGAAAUCCUUGGACUAUCCACAGGGAGAUGACAAGGGAAUUUCCAACAUUCAUGGUGAAUCUUUGAGCAGCGCUGAUAAAGCCGCCGAUCUUCCAGAAGCUUCAGGAGAAAGCACCAGCGGGGUAGCGAAGGGGAACUCGGAGCUGAAGGAUUCCCUGAACGGUGACCUGCAAGCCAUUCCCAGAAUUUGGCAUGGAAUUGAAGGGGAGCGUUCUCCAGAGAAGAACAUCGGGAAGGCCCUUCCUUGUGAAGCCAUUGAGCUCAUCGGAGGAAGCACAGAACCGAAGAGCGCCCAUCAGGGGAGCAGUGAGGCUGCCGGAGGAGCAGAUGAUCCCUCGGAUAUCAUCGAAUUUCAGGUGACCCACACGGGGAACAUGCCUUACAAAUGUCCGGAUUGCGGGAAGAGUUUUAAUUACAGCACCAGCCUGGUUAGACACCAGAGAAUCCACACCGGGGAAAAACCCUACAAAUGUUUGGAUUGCGGCAAAUGUUUCUGCCAGAGCUCAGGCCUCACAAUUCACCAGAGGAUCCACGCGGGGGAGAAGGCCUACCAGUGCUUGGAUUGCGGGAAGAGUUUCCGCGUGAAGUCUCACCUGAUCAGGCAUACCAUCAUCCACAAAGGGGAGAAGCCGUACAAGUGUCCGGAGUGCGGCGUCAGCUUCUGCGAACGAUCGGAGCUUCGCAUCCACCAGAGGAUCCACACGGGAGAAAAACCUUACCACUGCGCCGACUGCGGGAAGAACUUUUGCCGGAAGGCGGAUCUGACGCUCCACCAGAGAAUCCACACCGGGGAGAUGCCUUACACGUGCUUGGAAUGCGGGAAAGGGUUUCGCUGGAGCUCCAAUCUCAUCACGCACCAGAAAACUCACACCGGCGUGAAGCCGUUCAAAUGCGCCGAGUGCGGGAAGAGUUACUACUCCAACAUGAGCCUCGUCCGACAUCAGCGGGUCCAUACUGGAGGCACCCCGUACAUCUGUUCAGACUGCGGGAAAAGUUUCUGUGACAGCACCAGCCUCACCCGGCAUCAGAAGAUCCACACGGGGGAGAAACCAUACGUCUGCCUGGAGUGCGGGAAAAGCUUCAACCGUAACUCGAACCUCAUUUCUCACCAGAGGACUCACACGGGGGCCAAGCCGUUCCUGUGUACCCAUUGCGGGAAGAACUUCCGGUCAAAAUCGGAACUUCACCGGCAUUACACGGUUCACGCAGGAGAGAAAAAUGUAAAGUUUUUGGCGGGAGACACUCUGGAGGAUCCUGCUCGCGAGAAAACAGCCAGUGAGCUGGGAAUUAGGAAUGAAUAGAGGUGGCAAGGCAGGGGCAUGUGGCGAAGGACAAGUAGACCGUCCAGAACAAACAUGAGAUUUUCAAUAAUUCUAGGAAAUCAUCCAGUUUUGGCCAGAAAGCAUUUGGUGGUGGCCAUGCAGCCCUUGGUAAAACGGUUGAUCGUCCCAACGGCUGGUUUUCUUCCUUAU